AUAUACCCUCGUAACUUCAUUUUUCUAAACGAAGUGGGACUAACAACGAAGCUUAUACUAUAAAAACCCACUCUUUCGUUCUCCCAAACAAAACCCACAUAAAAAUCUCACCUUUUUCACCCCAACCACAAGUUGUAUUCAUUUCAGUCUACAAUCACUUGAAAACAGGAAUUUAAGACAUGGGUUUGAUUUAAAGAGCUAAGUUUUUGAAGAAAGAGGACUUCUUGAAUCAAUUACCAGUGUGGAUUUAAGAUAGACCUAGCUGGGGAAGCUGGAAGUAUGCUUAAACGUAUUACUGGGAUGGGUCGAUUGUCGGUCUAUGUGAUUCUGCUAUAUGUUUGUGCUUUUGUCAUUUGUGCUGUAUCUCUUGACCAAGAAAAGAUGGAAGAUAGCAAAAUUCUGAAUGUUGGGGAAGAGUUACUGCGUGAAACCUUACCUUUGCAAAUGGGUUCUCGCCUGUACCGAUUAAAUGGACUCAAAUCAUCUACUUGGUAUGAAGUGAAGAUUUCAUAUCCAGCUUCUAUUCCCGCUAGCUUUUCCAUUCAACUGAUAAGGGACAAAUCAGAUAUUGGGCACAACUGGAACAGAAGGUUACUCAACACAGAGAAACUGAUAUUUGAGGCUGAUAGUAACGACAUUCACCAGAGUUUGGAUCAAAGUCAGAAAUAUGUUCUUGUAUCUGUGGAGUCUGCUGGAGUUGUUUCCAUUCCUGGCGUAAAGGAGAGGGAACUCGUCUUAUUUAAUAUAGUUUGUGAUGAGCUCUUACUUGGGAUCCCACACAAAGCUAUCUGGGUUGGAGUGCUGGUGUUUAUAUGUUUAGGGGUUGCAUGCAUUGUUCCAUCUUUUCUUCCGCCAUAUUUACUAGUGAGGAAACAAAAAUCAUAACUUUCGCCACUUGUUUUAAUUUCAAAGAACACAUCAUUUUGUCUGUAAUUUACGAUUGUUUUGUUCUGCUAUCAAUUUUCUCUGCACAUCACACAACAUUGGGCUUAGGCUCCUCUGAAGUGUCUUAGAUUAUUAGUCUCUUGACUCUCUUCAUAGGUUUCUGGGUACCUCAUUGUCAAUGGACUUCCCCUGGCAGUUUCAUUGUAACAUACUGAACUAUAACAAUGGAUUUUGGAUAAAAAAACUCAUUUGUUUAGUACAUUGAUUGAAGUUCAUUGCCCCCUGUU